UAUAACUAUCAGUUCGAUGUUACGGGCGCACGCAACCAGCCAGCACAAGUUGUUACGUAUAUUUUUUAUUUUAUCAAGUAAUUUUUCUAAAACUUUCCAGCUGACCCAUGGAUGACAAACCGGAUAUUGAGUUCAUUCAAACUCCGUGAACGACUGGACUGUUAAACCUGUUUCAGUAACCUGAAUGUGAAUGAUGGAACCGGAGGAGGGUAAAAUCUCGGUGUGGGUAUGCCGGGAGGAGAAGCUGGUAUCCGGACUGUCGAGACGAACCACCUGCGCGGACGUGGUGAGGGUUCUGCUGGAUGAUCAGAACUUACUGAAAGGUGAGAACGCAGCGAUGCUCACUGGCUCCCCGCAAUCUUACUGCGUCGUGGAAAAGUGGAGAGGGUAUGAAAGGAUAUUACCCAAUAAAACUAAAAUCCUCCGCCUUUGGACCGCCUGGGGUGACGAGCAGGAGAACGUGAGGUUCGUCCUGGUUAAAAACGAGGCGUCCCUGCCCAACAACGGACCGCGGAGCGCCGAGGCGCGCGUCGUGCUCAGCAAGGAAAGUCCUUGCACCCACAAGGGCGCAACCAGACCCACGAUGGCGAUUUCCCAAGACAAACAACGCAGGAUCGUGCGUAAGGCUUUUAGAAAGUUGGACAAAAUAAAUAAAAAGAAAGAGGAGACUUUGAUACGAGACGAUUCGUCCGCGGAAAAAAUGGAGACGCUCGUUCAUCUUAUUAUCUCACAGGAUCACACUAUUCGACAGCAGAUACAGCGGAUCAAAGAGCUGGACAACGAAAUCGAGAUGUGUGAAUCAAAAGUUCACUUUGACAGGAUGAAAAGACACGGGGUAAAUUACGUCCAGGACACCUAUAUGCAGGACCAGUGCGCGGAGACGGAAUCCACCGGACACCCAGACGCGCCGUGCGCUUUUACGCGUGCUGUUGAGCAGUUCGAGGAUUACGCGUCACGGUGCGACGAAGUGAUCAAACUGCAGGAGGAACUAACUGAGCAGGAGGCUCUGAUGGAUAUACUUUCGGGUGAAAUACAGGAAGAACUUAACCACAGGUGGAUGAGACGGCGACGAGAGGAGCUCUCCGACAAAGACGCGGAGGAUGUGGCUGAGGAAAUUGCCCUUAGGGUGACUUCGGUCCUUGGGGAUACAAUCUCAGAGUUUCAAGAGCCCCUGUUUGACAAUGACCUUCAGCUAGACGAGGAGAGAAUCAAAACACAACUGGAUACGAGUUUGUACAUCGGGCUGCGCUUGAACACAGAUACGGAGAGCGCAAAGAACGACUUGGAAUUCAGUCAGGAGCUUUUGGAUGCGAAGGAACGGGAGUUGAGGGAACUGCUGGAAAAGGUUCACAGAUUAGACGAACUAGAAGGGAAAAAGUCGAAGGACAGCAAAGAUGGAUCGACUGAGCAUGAAAGCGAGCAGGUGCCUCUCGUUGACAAGGAUGAGAAUAUUUGGGUGGAGCAGGCGAGGGGACUCUCAAAGACCUGCAGGGCCAAUGAUGAUGACUCGGACACGGGACUGAGCUCAAUGCACAGCCAAGACUCAGAUAACCCAGCUGUUUGCGAGUCACUUGUGUGAGUCGUUCAGUGCUGAACUCAGGGAACAUUUGUCUCUAUUGAUUUCAAUGUAAUAUUCUCUCUUUAUAAGAGAGAAAUGCAUGCAAAAUAGACCAGCGUAGUGUUAUGAUCGUCUCACAUGUACACACAUGUACAGUAGCUUGUAAGGCGCUUACUUACCAAAUAGUAACUCAUUAACCAACGUAUAGACUGAGAUGUCCACUGUGUGCAGACCAAUGUUUAUAUAAACAACAUGCAUUUGUUGUAUUGCUUGUAGGGUGAUGUUAAAGAAUUACGUAUUUAUUGUUGAAAUGUUUAGGCAUAUGAAACGGCUGUGUUAAAGGGAUAGUAAACCCCAAAAUGCUAAUUCGGUCAUCAUUUACUUACCCUCUUGUCAUUUUAAACCUGUAUGACUUUUUUUGCAGAACACAAACGUAGAUAUUUUGAAGAAUGUUGGUAACCGGCACCGGACUUGCAUUGGUUUUGUGUGCACACAAUAGAAGUGAAUGGGAGGUGUUCAAAACAUCUACUUUUGUGUUCUGCAGAAGAAAAUAACACAGGUUUAAAAUGACAAGAGGGUGAGUAAAUGACAGAAUUUUUGGUGAAGUAUCCAUUUAACCAGAUAUAACUUCAAUGUCAACCCACCUUCACCAGAUGAAUAAUUAUAAUGAUUUGCUUACAGGUUUUAGAGAAUAAAUAAAUGUUCCCCAAAAGGGUUUAGGCAUUAUAGGUUUGUUAGUGUUGAAAACUAACGCAGAAAGAAUCAAAAUCAUAUUUUGAAUACAGUGUUGGGUGUAACUUGUUUCUAAGUAAUUAGUUACUGUAAUUUAAUUACUUUUCCCUUGAAUUUUUUCCCCCUGUAAUUUAAUUACAGUUACUUUUGAUGUAAUUGAACUAAAUACUGUGUAAUAUAUUCAAUAGUGGAAAUGACAUCAAAGUUAUAAGUCUAACUUAAAAUGUAUCCUUUAAUGAUCCUCCUCACAUUUGUAUACUUUGGUUAACUAAUAAGAACAAUUUAAGUCGUUUUUUUUUUUUUUUGAAUGAAUUAAAUAAGCCGUUUCAUGUCUAUCCUCAAAUCAAUUCUAACCAAGGUCGAUGUAGGAUAUAGAAAGUAAUGAGAAAUAAGUAACGGAAUACUUUUUGGAGAGAGUAAUUUGUAAAGUAAUCCAAUAACACUAUUGAAUAUGUAAUUAGUAACUAGUAAUGAAUUACUUUUUCGGAGUAACUUACCCAACACUGUUUGAAUAUUAAAACAUUCCUGGCUAUGAAGAUGCAAAUGAGGUGCUGCAAAAUAAACUUUGAAGAGAGAUGAA